CAAUCAUCAGCGCAAACAAACAAGGAGAAAGAAAUAUCAUAAAUUGAUAUAAAAUGAGAGAAUCUUAUUACAAGUCCCCUUAGCAGACCCUGUUUGAAAAGGAAGUGAGCAGAGGAAGAAAAAGGGCCAUUAAUGGGGAAGAGCGGUUAGCCGGCCACCCGUUCCCAUAAAAAUAUCCACACAGAACCUGAACCAACGGUUUCAGUGUCCCAAAGGAAAAGAUAGCUAGCUACAUGGCAAUGCCACACACUGAUGCUCUGUAGUCUUUUUUUUUUUUCUUCAUUUCUUUUUCUAAAUACAUCUUUUAAUUUUUUAGUGUGUUGUGGAGAAGAUUUGAUUCCUUUGAAAGAUGGUCGGUUAGGGCUUCUUUUUUUUUUUUAAAUAAUUUUUUUUAAAUUACUCAGCUUCAAGAUCACGCCUGUAAAGUUUCUCCCCAUUUCUGUUUUUUUUUUUUUCUCGUUUCGCAUUAUUGAUUUUCUUUUUAAAAUAUUUGCUCCGAAUCUUCUUAUUAAAGCAACCUUAAACCUCUCUCUUUUGAAACUGCUUUUGAUUAUGAUGGUGGUGGUGUUUGGGGCUUGAUGCUUUUGUGGCCGUAACGGCGUCGUUUUUGAGGUGGAGAUGUCGGAGGUCAAUGGAUCGAGGUCAUGGAGGGAGGAGCUCAGCCUUGUGGACGACACCGGGUAUCGAUACAACACCGGUUCGUUCGAGACCAGGAGAUCGGAGUUCACCGUCGCCGGAGACUCGCCGGAAGGUGAAACGGAGAGUUUGAGGGACCAGGUGCAGGGGUUCUUGAAGGCGUGGGGUGAAAUAGUGGUGGAGUUGGGGAGAGGCUGCAGAGACAUAGUGCAGCAGAGCCUUGUGACCGAGGAUUCAUUCAUUGUUAAGAAGCUAGGCGGGCCGUGUUCAAAGGUUGGCAAGAGAUUGAGUUUUUUGAACGAUUAUUUUUUGCCGGAGGAUCGCGAUCCUGUUCACUCCUGGACGGUCAUACUAUUAGUUUUCCUAAUAGCCUUUGCAGUAUUGAGUGUAAAUACCAAACAUGAUAGUUCUAUCCCACGAAUAAAGAAAGUAUGCAUACAUCCUCCUAGUGCUAGCCGUGUGCUACUUCCUGAUGGUCGACACAUGGCUUAUCAUGAGCUUGGUGUUCCAGCUGACAGAGCUAGGUUUUCCCUGAUAGCACCACAUUCUUUUCUUUCCUCAAGACUUGCAGGUAUACCUGGAAUUAAAGCACCGCUGUUGGAAGAGUUUGGUGUUCGCUUGGUAGCAUAUGAUCUUCCUGGUUUUGGGGAGAGUGAUCCUCAUCCCAUCAGGAACCUUAACUCAUCAGCAUUGGAUAUGCUGUACUUAGCUAACACUGUUGGUGUUAACGACAAGUUCUGGGUGUUGGGUUACUCUAGUGGAGCCAUGCAUGCUUGGGCUGCACUUAGAUACAUUCCUGACAGAAUCGCAGGUGCAGCGAUGUUUGCACCAAUGGUUAAUCUUGAUGAACGAAGAAUGACCAAGGAAGAGAGGCAAAAAACUUGGGAGAAGUGGGUGACAAGAAGGAAACUGAUGUACUUUUUAGCUCGAAGGUUUCCUAGACUUCUCACUUAUUUCUAUCGCCAAAGCUUCCUAUCUGGAAAGCAUGGUCCAAUUGACAAGUGGUUGGCUGUGUCUCUGGGAGAGAAGGAUAAAGCUCUGGUUGAAGAACCACAUUUUGAAGAGUUUUGGCACAGGGAUGUGGAGGAGUCAAUUCGUCAGGGAAAUGUAAAACCAUUUAUAGAGGAAGCUGUGCUACAAGUGUCAAAUUGGGGUUUUAGCUUGGCAGAUCUUCAGGUUCAGAAGAAAUGCCCACGGAAAGGUAUUCUUCCUUGGCUCAAGUACAUGUACAGUCAGGCUGAAUGUGAAUUGACAGGAUUUCUAAGACCAAUACACAUAUGGCAGGGAAUGGAUGAUGAAGUAGUGCCACCACCAAUGACUGACUACGUGAGCCGGAUUCUAGCUGGGGCCACUGUUCAUAAGCUCCCAAAUGAGGGCCACUUUUCUUAUUUCGUUUUCUGUGACGAAUGCCAUAGACAGAUACUCACUACUCUUUUUGGUAGCCCACAAGGUCCGCUAAACAGCACGUUAGACGCCACCGAUUCUGCCACAGCCACAGGAUGAGAUGUCAAAUUUUAAUUUAUUUAGUUUCUAAUUCUGAUGUAAAUACCCAUAGGUUUCCUCAUUUGGUUAGAGAAGCAUGAAAGACCAUAUGUUCGAGUCAUCAUUCUGUUUCAAAAUUAUCAGACUAUAAGCACGUAAAAGUGGAUAGUUUGAAAGGUAAAGAGUCAACAAUUUUAAUGCUUUC